AUGCAACUUCGCAAGAGCAUUCGCCCACCAGAGCGCUUCAACCAAGAUCAGUUCUACAGCCCAUGUACACAGAGAUCUUUACGUGUGCCACAAAGCCAAGACUGCAUUCAUAGCACUCCCUUUGAUCCCAAUCUACCUCCGGCAGCUUUUCCUACGCUAGAUCAUCCGUCUCCCCCCAGCCUACGCGAUAAAGAAAGAGGACAUUGGAAAGGACAGGAGGCAGAUCUCUCCAAGCGCCCCAGAGGGCAGGAGAAAGAUGACGAAUGUACCGAGAACAAGCGUGUGCGUGGGGUAGAUACAGGCGUACAGAUCAGACCUCCAGCAUCAGGUCAAAAUUGUAUCUUAGACAACGGGGACUUUGACCCGGUCUACAGGAGAAAUAUGACCAUUCUUGCUAAUGUUGGUCGGGAGCCAUCGAUCGAGAGAUAUCUAAUGGACAGCGACAUGGAUGUAGCCAUGAAUGAUGCCCCUGACGAGGAGGAUAUAGAGGUACGUUGA